AUUUUUCAAGUAGCUACAACAAUGGACGAGGACCUGGACCUGUUCGGUGCGUUCGACGACUCGUCCGCGACGUUAACGGCCGAGGAACAAGCGGCCGCUUCCUCCACUUCCACCAAGCGCAAAGAAGCACCUGCUGCCUCUCCAAACGAUGACAAAGUGUCGUCUCCGCCUGCAAAGAAGCAGCAGAAUGAAGGUCGUCUAGCCUCCACUAAUCUCAAAGUCGUGGAGGGCAAACGCAUCGACGCGACGCCCGUCGACAGCAAUGACAAACACUCUGCGAAUGUAGUGUCCACUGGCACACAGCAGAAGAACCUCAUUUCGUUCUCCGUCUACCCACCAGACUAUGAGGCUAAAUCUACAGCAGGUGCAGCCGCCAAGAACCCCGCCAAGACAUACCCAUUCACUCUGGACCCAUUCCAACAACAGGCUGUGGACUAUAUCGAGUCUGGAGAGUCCGUACUAGUCUCAGCCCACACGUCAGCCGGUAAAACUGCCGUAGCUGAGUACGCUAUUGCCAAGAGUCUUCGAGACAAGCAGCGAGUGAUCUACACGUCCCCUAUUAAGGCUCUGAGUAACCAGAAGUACCGAGAUUUGGAGGAAGAGUUCGGAGAUGUGGGUUUAAUGACGGGAGAUAUCACAAUUAACCCAUCCGCCACUUGUUUGAUCAUGACUACGGAGAUUCUAAGAAGUAUGCUAUAUCGAGGCUCCGAGGUCAUGCGAGAAGUGGCCUGGGUUAUUUACGAUGAGAUCCACUACAUGAGAGACAAGGAACGCGGUGUGGUCUGGGAGGAGAGUAUCAUUCUACUGCCACACAAAGUUCGGUUCGUGUUCCUGUCGGCUACUAUCCCCAACUCCAAGGAGUUUGCUGGAUGGAUCUGCCACAUCCACCACCAACCAUGUCACGUCGUGUACACAGACUACCGUCCCACUCCGUUACAGCACUAUAUCUUCCCUGCUGGAGGCAAUGGGCUGCACUUGGUGGUCGACGAGAAGGGAAAGUUCCGCGAAGAUAACUUCCAGAAGGCCAUUGCGACGUUGUCGGCUUCUGCGGAUGAUGCAGCGCAAGAACUGGCCUCGUACGGGAGCAACACGAAGCGACGUAAAGCGCAGAAGAGCAAUCCCAAGAAGAAAAUCGGCACCGACGUGUUCCGGAUCGUCAAGCUCAUCAUGGAGCGUCAAUAUGAUCCAGUAAUUAUCUUCUCGUUCAGUAAACGGGAGUGUGAGGCGUACGCGUUGCUCAUGUCCAAGCUUGAUUUCAAUACCGAAGAGGAGAAGCAGUCGGUGGAUCAGCUCUUCAAGAACGCUAUGGACUCGCUGUCAGACGACGACCGUGCUCUACCACAAGUGGACUCUAUUCUACCGCUGCUACGUCGUGGUAUUGGUAUCCAUCACGGUGGUUUGCUGCCGAUUCUGAAGGAAGUGAUCGAGAUUCUGUUCGGUGAAGGGCUGCUGAAGUGCCUGUUUGCUACUGAGACGUUCUCGAUGGGUCUGAAUAUGCCUGCCAAGACGGUGGUGUUCACGAACUGCCGUAAAUACGACGGCAAGGACUUCCGCUGGAUCACUGCAGGCGAGUACAUUCAGAUGUCAGGACGUGCAGGUCGUCGUUCACUUGAUGCGCGUGGUAUCGUCAUUCAAAUGCUGAGUGAGCAGAUGGAACCUCAAGUGGCUAAAGGAAUCUUGUACGGCCAAGCUGAUCCGCUGUUCAGUACGUUCCAUCUUGGCUACAAUAUGCUGCUCAACUUGAUGCGAGUGGAAGAUGCCGACCCAGAAUACAUGAUCAAGCAGUCCUUCCAUCAAUUCCAGAACGAACAAGCCGCCCCAGUGUUAGAAGAAGCGCUGGAACGCGCGAAAGAAGAGAAGGACCAGAUCGUGAUCAAGAACGAGGAAGAGGUGGCUCAGUACUACUACCUGUCGAGAUCUCUUGUGCGUCUUAAAGAGGAAUUCCUGGCUAUCCGCAACAAACCCGACUACGUGGUGCGCUUCCUUAAUGGCGGACGCUUGGUGAAGCUCUACUGUCCAGACAGCGACGAUGGCACCACUAGACCCAAGUGGGAUUGGGGUGUGAUCGUGAAUUUUACGACCAAGAACGCUAGUGACUCGACUUCAGCUACACCUGAUACGGUUGUGCACGUGCUGUUGAACUGUAUGACCAAUAACGGCAACACCAAGGCCAAUGAUGCCACCAAUGGCAGUACCGUCUCGGAGUUACCGACCCCGGCACCUGAGAACAUGAUGGGGCUGUCAACUUCUGCUAAUUACGAGAUGAAGAUCUGCCCUGUCCCGCUGGAAAUGCUGGAUCUCAUCUCGUCUCUGCGUGUGUACAUCCCCAAGGAUUUACGUACACUUGAGAGUCGCCAAGCAGUCGGCAAGUCUGUGAAGGAAGUGCUGCGUCGAUUCCCUCAAGGUGUGCCGCUUCUGGAUCCUCGUGAAGACAUGGACAUCCAGGACGAGCAGUUCUUGCGUGUGAUUGAGAAGACUGUGGACGCGGAGAAGAAACUCAAGAGCUCGGCGUUCCACAAUGCAGCGGAUAAAGAGGCUCGCUUUGCUUUGUACAAUUUGAAGAUGGAGAGCGAAGCUAAGAUGCGGGAAUUAGAGCGCAAGAUCAAGGAAUCCAAGUCUCUCGUACUGCGUGAUGACCUACGUCGACGUAGAAGAGUGUUGAGGAGGCUGGAGUUCGUGGAUAAAGAAGGAGUCAUCCAACGCAAGGGCCGCACGGCGUGUGAAGUCUCGACGACGGACGAGCUGCUGGUGACGGAGAUGAUCUUUAAUGGCCAGUUUAACGACCUAUCUGUGAACGAUACGGUGGCGCUGCUGAGCUGUUUGAUCAACACUGAGAAGAAGAAAGAGACCGACAAACCGCCUCAAGCUGAUAGUUUGGAGAUCCCCGUUCGACAGCUGCGUGAGACGGCCCAGCGUAUCGCCAAGGUGAUGCAAGAUGCCAAGAUCACGAUCGACGUGGAUGAAUACGCCGGUGCGUUCAACACGAGUCUGGUGGAUGUGGUCAUUGCCUGGUGCCAAGGAGCCAAGUUCUCCCAGAUCUGCAAGAUGUCGGAUGCGUUUGAAGGCACCAUCAUCCGUUGUCUACGUCGUCUGGAGGAGUUGCUGCGUCAGUUGACGCUAGCUGCGCACUCUAUUGGUGACGUUGAGCUGGAGAAGAAGUUUGACGAAGGAGGCAAGAAACUCAAGCGCGAUAUCGUGUUCGCUGCGUCGCUCUAUCUGUAGUUUACCUACCAAUCGAUCCAACAUUUUGCAUUGCUAGGGUCUAUAUUUUGGGUUCUUCUUCUAAUUCUGCCUUUGGUGAGGUGAUGCUACUAUGCUUGCGAACAGGAAGAAAACAAUGAUCGCAGCAAAUAUUCGCCAAAAGACCGUGCUAAUGAUGUCACUUUUCAGCUCUUGAU